AUGAUCGAUGUCUUCUCCAGGGAAACAUUAAGUGACAUUCAUUUAUCAGAGCUUUGUAUAAGAAUUGAUAAACAAAAAUAUAGACAUAACAAGGUUCAAUCUAAAGAUGAGGCAACUACCCUAUUAUCACAACUCUGUAUCAACUUGGAUGAACACGCUUCCUCUGUGAUUCGUGGGAUUAUCAAAGCCAUGACUGAGAUGCCUCUGCAAGCUAUCAAGGACAAAACAUCAAUUGGCAAAUACAAAUUUACCACCACCUAUUUCCACCCCAUAUUGUCCAGUAUAUUAUCCAACCCUGACAAACAGACUCUUUUACGGUGGACAAAUAUUGAAACCGAUAGUAGCAAAAGUGUCAUUCAUCCUGGACAUUAUAUUAUUUUACUGAAAGAUUUGGAUUUGAACUUGCUAGAUUACGAACCAUCAUGUAAAGCUAACAAGUCUAUUGCAAAAGACCAUGAAAGUAUCUAUGGAAAUAACAUACCUUUAAGUCGAGGCUUCCGUCGUCGAAACAAUCUUUUCUUUGUCAACAAGACAUAUUGA